AUGGCUGCAACCCUUGAACGCCAGCGUGACUAUGUGCUCACCCCACCCAGUGUGGAGGAACGUCUACGUCUAGCGGCCGGCCAAACAUUGGCAACGUGGGUCAUUAGCCAUGGGCCUAAGACUCCUGAGGAGGUGGUGAGCUGCCAGGCACUUCGUGAGAUGUACCUGGAGCCGCACCGAACGACUCAAAGUCAAUACAAGGCACGCCUUGACAUGCAAGCGCGUGGUACACCGGUUCCACCGAUCAAGGGUAUACCCAUUCUCUUGCUCGCAGGCGAAACAGUGAGUGAAGAAGACAAUGCCUUCGUUCACUGGGUGCACUAUGUGCGUCGCCUCAGCAACAGUUUUGUUCUAAGGGCUAGUGCCCAUGCGGCUGAUGUGCGCCUCGAACGCAAGCUUCGGUAUGAUUAUGCCAAGCUUAAGGCCAGAGGCCAAUUGCGCAAGCGCACGCGCUAUGCUUCGGCUACUAAGGUAGCCGCGAGUGCUGGUCAGUCUGUGGCCAACAACCCGCCAACCCGCACCACUAGUGGUGGGGAACGGCCUCGGUCUCGAGAUGACCAUGGCCACGAUGCUCAAAAGCCUCGAAAGCAUAUGGGCAGUCUUGCCGCAGAGGUACCUCAAAUUCCCGUGAAUUUUCAGACUCAGGGUACCCACGCCACUUUACCAGAUACUGGUAUUGGCCCUGACGACGACGUCGUUUCAGUAGUCUCUCGACAUGAAAUUGACGACACCCAUGCUCAUCGAGCAAAGUCGGUGGCGGCCGGUGUACCGGUGGAGGUCCACGAGAAAUUGGUUCUCGAAGUGAAGGGUCUUCAAGAGGCCUUGGAUAAGUCCCAGUGCAUGAUGGAUGCGAUGCAAAGCCGCCUUCAGGCGAUGGAGCAAGCUCAAACUCGGAGCGAGGCUCAGUUGGACUUGCUGAUUCGUCUACAGCAAUCCGGGGCAGUGCCCUUGUCGUCGGCGCAAGCGCCUCCAAGUUCACAUGAAAAAUCCCGGUACGGCUUAAGUAAGCCUACGUAG